CUUUAUGCCAUAGACAUUCUGAAAUGAGAAAAAUCGAGGAUCAAAUGGAAGACGUAUUAUCUGAAAAAGCUGAGAAGGGGAGUAAAGCAAACGGAAACAGGUACAGUGGAAAUAAAACUUAAUUACAACAACGUGGAUGCCACUCGCUAGGCUAGAUGACGCUGGGCAAUAUUUGCAAAUACUUGAAAUGCACCUCGUCCUCUAGACGCUUUUGGGGGUGAUUCUCCAGAACACUGCUUCGUCCAGAACACUGCGUUCUCCAGAACACUGCUUCCACCAGAACAUUGCUUCCACCAGAACACUACUUUCACGAGAACACUACUUUCACCAGAACACUGUUUCCACCAGAACACUACUUUCACCAGAACACUACUUUCACCAGAACACUACUGCCACCAGAACGCUACUUUCACCAGAACACUGCUUCGACCAGAACACUGCUUUCACCAGAACACUGCUUUCUCCAGAACACUGUUUCCACCAGAACAUUGCUUCCACCAGAACACUGCUUUCACCAGAACACUGCUUUCUCCAGAACACUGCUUCCACCAGAACACUACUUCGUCCAGAACACUGCUUUCUCCAGAACACUGUUUCCACCAGAACAUUGCUUCCACCAGAACACUACUUUCUCCGGCAGAACAUUGUUUCCACCAGAACAUUGUUUCCACCAGAACAUUGUUUCCACCAGAAUACUGCUUCCACCAGAAUACUGCUUCCACCAGAACACUGCUUUCACCAGAACACUACUUCGUCCAGAACACUGCUUUCUCCAGAACACUGUUUCCACCAGAACUCUGCUUCCACCAGAACACGGCUUUCACCAGAACACUGCUUCAACCAGAACACUGCUUCCCCCAGAACACUUCUUCCUCCAGAACACUGCUCCCUCCAGAACACUGCUCCCCCAGAACACUGCUCCCCCAGAACACGGCUUUCACCAGAACACUGCUUCCAUCAGAACACUGCUUUCACCAGAACACUGCUUCCACCAGCCCACCGCUUCCCCCAGAACACUACCCCUGUGAAAACUGUUCCCCAGAGCACUGCUCUGUGAACACUGUUUCCCCAGAACACUGCUUUCCCCAGAACACUGCUUCCCAGAACACUGCUUCCCCCAGAACACUGCUUCCCCCAGAACACUGCUUCCCCCAGAACACUGCUUCCCCCAGAACACUGCUUCCCCCAGAACACUGUUUCCCCCAGAACACUGCUCCCCCCGAAAACAGCUUCCCCUCACACCCCCUCGGUGAUAAUGCAUCUGCGCAGGUUGAAUCCUUCUCGAUGUUUCGAGCAGGGUCUUUAUCAAGAGAACUCUCUCUACUAAUUUUUCUGACGAAAAGUCUUCGCUCGAUGUAGUUGUUGUCUGACGAUCGUGUAUAAACGUCCAUUCUACGAAAAAUGACUACUCUGCGAGAUACCACAUUUAUAUUUGCAAGACUCUUAACCAAGGCAUUUGACUAAGGCUCUUAUAGUAGGGCACUGAAUUACAGAUCAGUUGGGAAUUAAAAAUAAUUAAAGAUACCUACAAUGUAUAAAUGUACUAUGCAUAUUUAAUUAGAAGUUAUAUUGAAUGUUAUAUUUAAUUAGAAGUAAAAUAUCUGGAUGAAACUUAAGGGGCCGAUUACAUUGACGGGGCUGGCCUAGUUAAGGGGACCGGUACGGCUAAGCGAGACUACUUUUUUGUCAAAUUGUUUUAUAGUAUUUUUUGGAGUUGAAGAGCGAAGUUUCCUUCGGCACGUCCAAACGUUUGUCCUUUUGAAAGCUGAUUUUCCCGCGCGUCGGCUUCAACGAAUCACCAUAGGAUCACAGGAGUUAUCAUUCCAGUUUACUUAUAGUUCAAAGGAUUCACCCCAUUGAACGUCAUUUUAAUAUUCUCGGGGGUGAAUGCCUCUCAUAAGCGCACUGGCAAGGACCAUGGCGACAGCGUUGCAAUGGUUACGCCAAAAUCAAAGGCAAAACCAAGAAAUCAACCUUCUGUAUGGUUCCUAUUCUGUGACACGGUUUCGGUUAAGCUCGCUAACAAUAGAUUGUGCCUGCGGUUAUUCUAUGUGUUACAACGAACUACAAGGCCAUGACCAGCAUAUGCUCAUAUUCUACUGACAUUCAAUGUCAUUGUAAUACUAACGGCUUAUUGACCGAGCGUGUGGUCUGUACUGUGAAAUAUCAGACCGAGAUUUUUUAGUAUGGACCGAGCGACGAAGGAGCAAGGUCCAUGCAAAAAAACAAAGGUCUGAUAUUUCACAGUACAGACCGAACAAGCGAGGUCAAUAAUCGGUGAACUGAGUCUGGUAUGGUUGAACUGAGUCUGUGAGCAUAUGCUUUUCGCGCGAAUUAAAUCGGGCUAUCGUCAGUUUCACUGCGUAACAAUAUAUACGGCAGGCAUGCAUGCUCAAUCAAAAACAAUUUUGUUGUUUGAAAUUUUUAUCUGUAAAUUUUAAUGACACACAAUUGGAAAAUUAAGAAGCAAAAAAUUUUUCUGUUUGCAAUGCAAAAAUUUCCCGCCAGAUAAACGACAUUACGGACACCGGUCCAGAUACGGAAAAUACGGACCAUGGUCCGGAUUUAAGGACCCUUAUGGGCAUCAAAUCACAAGGUCGUAAUAAUAUCAUGUGCAGGCCUUUCUAUCCUUUGCAUUAUAAUUUUGCUCAAAUUUGACUCGCAUUAGUAGGAACAAAACUGAACUUACUAUGCUCCCAUGUUUUAGAGCGAGUCGAAAUAAAAGUGAAAAAGAUCGUCGGGAUAAAGUGAAUGCAUUCAUCAAUGAACUGGCUGGCUUGGUCCCCGGCUGCUCACCACAAUCUAAGAAACUGGAUAAAGCUAGUAUACUUAAAAAUACUGUUGAUUUCAUGAAAGUUCAUAAUGGUAUGUUAUUGUAAUCUAUAGUUCGUUAUGCGUUUUAACUAUGCAUUGAUUUGCAACAUUACGUCACGAUAAGUGUACAAGGAUUCGCUUGAACGCAUUUUGUUUCCUCCACAAACACCCAGCGAAUACGCUCACCAAAAACGCAAACUUUUGAAAAUGGUUACCACACGAACGUUUGAAAACGCAACGAUCUAUAUCAUCCACUACAUCCACGUUUGCUCUGCUGCAUGCUUUUUUAAUUUUAGCUUACCAAACUUAAGACCUAAAAAUACAGCAUAAUCGUGCAACAAUUAGCAGUUGAGCAACGUUUUUGGCUCAUGCACAUUCUUUUAAGAAAAAUAAUGCACUUUCGUUUAAAAUUAAUGUGAUAUAUGGAUCGAUGAUUAUAUUUAAUAUUAAUGCACAUUCGUUUAAAAUUAAUGCCCAUUCGUUUAAAAACACUUUUUAUUUCCACGCCUUUAUCUGGAAGGUAAAUUAGUCAGUGAAAGUGAGUGAUAAGUACUAUUGAUUGUGUUCUUUUGUAGAUUUAACAGUAUCCAUCACAUGUAGAGAUACGACAUCGUGUCUUAAUAGUAAUGAACUUGGACAAUUAAUGCUUGAGGUUUUUAUAUUUGCAUAUUCUGUAUAGUUACCUUCCAAUUUAGAAAGAUCUUGCUUUUUCCCACUACACACGUGAAAAUUUCACAAGUUGUCAACAAGAUGUGUUCGCAACAGGCUUGUAGCAAGCUUGUCAAUAAGUUGUAACAAUUCUGUUAUUUUGUCAAGUUGCUACACGGUUGUUACUCACGACUUGUUCGCAAAUUGUUGAAUUGCAUGACGAUAACAAGUUGUUGGCAGAACUUGUAACAAGUCUGUUGAGAUCAACAAGCUUGUAGUAACUUGUCAACAAGCUGGGAACAAGCAGUGCGAACACAUGCUGUUGACAAGUUGAUUGCUACAAGUCUGCUGCAGGUUUGUUACAACUUGUGCGUUCUUACGUGUGUACCAUAGCUAUACUUUUUAUGUUAUUAAUCAUAUUGUUUUCACUUUAGGGUUAUCAUGCUUUUCUGUUCGUCAUUUCACUUUCGGGAAGUUUCAAGUUCUUAUCUGAAAGUGUGUAUGAUUUGCUUGGUUGUACGAAGGUACAAAUGAACAUUCAUUUAUUGACUUUUAAUCUGCAUACUGUAAUUUGUGCACUAACUACAGUAUCUAUUCUUGAACACAAUUUCAGACGCUCAUUAAGAUUCUUGAGUAUGUUAUAAGUCCCCAAUGUUAAAGAGUUUGUGCAACGAACUUUCACGCAAUUUCUUAUUAUUGCAUUGCAAAGGAAAUUCAAAAUGACCAUGCAAAUAAGUUCUUGAGAUAGUUAACAAUUUUUGAAAUGCAAAUUAUCUUCACUUCAAGAUCUUGGGAUUAUGAUUGCAUAGCGUGCAUAUAUGUGUGCAAAAUUAUGAAUGUGUUAUGUCAACAUACUAUAAAGAUAUGUUAUAUAUAUAUAUAUAUAUAUAUAUAUAUAUAUAUAUAUAUAUAUAUAUAUAUAUAUAUAUAUAUAUAUAUAUAUAUAUAUAUAUAUAUAUAUAUAUAUAUAUAUAUAUAUAUAUGUCGACAAAUUUGAAUCAUUUAUCUAAAUCCUUGAAUGUCUUUAAAUUUGAAUGCAGGUCUUUACGGUCUUUGAAACGUCUUUGAAUUGUGUGAAAAAGCGAAGAAAGUCUUUAAAAGUCUUUAAAUUCUUUAGUGAGGAAUUUAUUAUACGAUUUCCUAGCUAAUAAAAUAGAUUGAUUGAAGCAAGAUUUUCGCAAAUAUCGACGAAAAGGCGCAUUUUAGGAUGUGAUUUGACGGGACUAAUUACUGGGUAAAAAUGGUGCUUACACUCGCAAUUUUUCGACAGCUGAUUGCUCUCAAAGGUCUUUGAAAAGUCUUGGAAAAUAGGCAGAAAAAAUCUUUGAAAGUCUUUGAAUUUUUUUUAUCUUAGAGACUAUACGAACUAAUAAGAGUUAUAAACGUUUUUUUCAGAAAGCCAUUAUUCCAGUUGACGUCAUACUUAAAUUUUGGCAAAAAUCUUAACAGUCAUUUUGAAUUUUCUUUAAUAUACAAUCAUAAAAAAAUGGUUUAAGAGCUGUAUCAUGUCAGAUAAAACAGCAAUUUUGAAACUCAAAAUAUGGUUUGACAUUUUUGUCCCAGUAAGUUUUCUCAGUGGAUGUCUUGACAGUUCUCUGGAUAUUUUUUUAUAGGAUGAGCUUGUUGAGAAGAGUAUAUUUGACUAUAUUUAUCCUGAGGAUAAAUUCAUUCUAAUGAAACAGAUUUCCCAAGACAUUAGAACAGGUAAACUAGAAAUAACUACUAUACUCUCUCAAUUAUAUUACAAGUAUAAGGAAAAAACACGACAUUUGAGUUUUCAGGGUAUUUUCUUGUUUUGUCUGCGGUAACAAAAUUAUAGCCUGCGCCGCAUACUUCAAAACACAUGUUUUAUCAGUUCUGCGAAUUAGUGAAACGAUCCUUGUUCAAAUUUACCGUUUAUCUCGAAAUGAGUACUAGAUCCAGGUUUCGUACAAAAAUUGAAAGUCCUUGAAUGUCCUUGAAAUUGAAAACAAACAUUCAAGGCCUUGAAUGUCCUGGAAUUUGUAAAGAAGUACUUGAAAGUUCUCUUGCGUUUUUGGAUAUUUUCUGAAAUUGUUUGAAAUUCAAAACGGACAUUUUGUUGAAUUGAUUUUCCAUGUUCAUAUCUGACAAAGCUGUUUGAAACUCAUUAAAGUUGCGUUUUGGACAAUUCAAAGUCAGAUUUUACUGAUUUCUAACCCUUUUCUUCAGUAUUUAGUCCUUGAAUUUGCUGAUACAUGGCCUUGAAUGUCCUUGAAAAGUCCUUGAAUUUGACUCUUCCUCACAUGUACGAACCCUGUAGAUCCUGAUUGGCCCAUACUGAGUUCAACCUUACAUGGAUUCUGAUUGGGCAAUCAUUAGCCUCAGCGCAACUUCCGGUAUCUCAAAAUAAAAAACAAACAAAUAAAAUAAAAAUAAAAACAAAAAAAAUGGGAAAAAAAAAUGGUAUACCGCGAAAAGUUUUCCCUAUGGGUUUCCCAUCAUAUAUUGUCUUUUAAAGAUAUUGUUAAACACAGUGAGAGGUAUUUUGUUCAAGGAAAAGGAACAUUUAAUGUAUUAGAAGAGUUAAAAAGGUUGUCUUUCAAGGUAAAUUAAUGUUAUAGUGUAAGCAAUGUCUUUAUAACCUAAAGAAAAGUGUAGGCCUCAUUCGUCAACUAUUGGAGAUUGAAAGUGCUUCUGAAAAUGCCUAUAAUUUAAACGAAAAAAACCCACUCAAUCCACUGCAAAGAGACAUCGUGAUGGAUGGCCAAAUAGGGGAAAAUGGCAAUUUAACAGCCUGCGAAUUUCUCGGGAAUUGCCCGAUUGGAGUCGAAGUUGUAGGAGCAUCGGAUUCGGUAGGCACUGUAGGUUCUGGACGCUGCUUCUUUGGUGUUGUAAUUCUUGUAAAACUAUACAUUUCUCGAUGUCAUCACUUAGUCUCUUUGUGAUGGAUUGAGUGGUUCUUUCGUUUAAAUUAUAGGCAUUUUCAAAAGCAGGCCUACACGUUUCUUUAUGUUACAAAGACAUUGCUUGCAUAUAUAUCCACUAUAACAUUAAUUUACCUUGAAAGGCAAUCUUUUUAACUCUUCUAAUACAUUAAAUGUUCCUUUUCCUUGAACAAGAUACC